UAUAAUAUAAUAUUUAUUAAUGGUAACAAUUUUGAGUGUUCGAAAUUAUAGACAGAUUGUUUUAAAAAUUAUAAGAAUUAAUAGAAAUAAUGUUACUAACAAUAAUUUGUAUGUAAACAGCAAUGUUGUAGCACCGACAAGCAUCAUAUGA